GCUGAUCCAUCUUCGAAGACCUACUCGUUCGUUUCGUUGCCUGGAAAUACCGUGCGUAAGCGUCCUAGACGCCGAUACGAUGAAAUCGAGCGACUGUACUCGUGCAAUUUCCCUGGCUGCACUAAGGCGUACGGAACCUUGAAUCAUCUGAAUGCCCACGUCAAUAUGCAAAAGCACGGCCCAAAGAGGCAUCCAAAUGAAUUCAAGGAAAUGAGGAAACAGUGGCGAAAGAUGAAGAAAGAGCAAGAAAGC